AAGUGUCAGUCAGUCAGCCCCCAUUUAUCCAUGACGAAUGCAUCUACAGCACGCAUCGAUGGCUCAAUCACAGCUCGGACUCCUCGCUGAGAUCGGUGGCGCCGUCGACGUGCUCCUCAUCCCUACCCCUGCCCUCACCAGACAGCAACACUCCUGCACACACCACGCCACCCCACACAAGCCGCGUGCAAACAUAAAUCAUGUUGUGUCGCGAAACACUGACUGACUGACCGUGUGGGUGCUCUUCCGUCUCGUCCCAUAUGCGUGGCUGCCGCAGGCCCAGCUCCCGCCGCUGGAUAGGCGUCAGGCCAUACAGGGACCGAUACCGGCGCCCACGACCGCCAGGCGCCAGGCGCCCUCUGCCCCGCCUCUGGAUGGCCAGGGCACGCCGAUCUGCAAUCACACAAUGCAAGGAUGGGAUGGCAAAACACACAAAUGGUACGGUUCUGUCCGUUCCCUCCCUCCCUCCCUGUGUGUGUCGUCUGUCAACUGACCUCCCCGCGCUGGCAUCAUCCGCCGCCUUGCCGGCUUCACGUGCAUUCGCUUCCGAGGGGCGGCAGCAGCACCAGUCUUGUCUUCCCCGAGAGCUGCCGCCACCUCGUCCAUCUGGCCUGCCGCAUCAUCGCCGCCUUGGCCCUCACGCCGCAGCCGGUCGUACUCGAAGAGGGCGGCGAUGGUCGUGGCGCCGUCGAUGUUCUCGACCGUCUUGGGCACGCACCCACGGACAGCCAGCCAGUGAUAGCUCUGCAGCCACACGGGCAGGAAGGGAAGCACAGAUUGUCUGUUGGGUGUUCAUCUGUGUGUAAGUGUGCAGCUGUGGAUGUACCAGGAAGGGGCGUUUCGGGGCAGUGGGUGGACUCGUAUCAGUGGUGGCGUCAGUGAGGCUCACAAGCUGACCCGCCUGACCAGCGAAAGGCGGAAAUAUGUCACAGCGGGCGGGCACUCUCCAGCUUUUCGCACCUACCUCUUUGGGCCUUGUGGGUGAUGCCUUGGGCCUGUUGCUCGCGUAGCCCAACAAUCCCUGCAUCACGCCGGCACAGUUGCAAUGAUGGAGAGCGUGUGUGGUGCUAACAGCCAGUCACCGGUCUUCGGUGUGUGUGAGUUGCUGACCUCUUGCCCAAGCAGGAGGAGGCUUCUGUCGACAUCUGCUGGCCGCAAAGUGUGCGGGUCAGUCAGGCUGCACUCCCGCUGCUGCCUCGCACACUGCAUCUCACCACACAGACACAAAAGACACACACACCUCACACCGCCAGUCAGUGCCGGGAGCGUAUGGCGUCAAUCUGGUUGACCAAUCCCAUGCUGUUGUACACACCUGUACAAUCUGUCUGAGCAGCACCUCCAGAUGCAGCGACAGCGCCUGCUUGGCCUCCUCGGUCAUAGGCGGGAUGUCGAGCUCAUCCACAAUCCCAUCCACUUGGCGACGGGUGACGCGCCUCAUUCGAACAGACAGCAGAUCUGCAAGGCUGUAGGCGAUAUCCAAUGUUGAAGGUGACAGUCCGCUUCUUC